AACAAGAACUCCUGCAACGAAAACUAAGCAUACGCGAUGUACGUACAGUCGCGACUAGUUUCGAACGCGCGCUUACCAUUUCACUGCUCUCAACGGCGCAAUACCCUUCUUCUUGUUUCCUUCUUCCUUUCAUUUACUCUCUUUCAUCGAUCCUGUAAACUCGAAACUCUUCGUACUCGUAUGAAACGCUAUCACCAAAUACAUUCAUCUUUGUCAGAUCGUUAACAGAUCGUUAUCGUCGACAGUAGCGUGGUUUUUAUUUGUAGUACGUGGCCAGAAGCGGCGUUUAUCAUUCACCCUCUGGAAAAACAGUCUUCGUUCUUCGUUAAACAUAGUCCUCCGUCAUCAAGAUAUUUCGUAGUCGUACAUGUAAUUACAGGUAACAAAGUUAAUACGAAUGAUAAAUGGGAUACGAUAAAUACGAUCGAAAAUUUUAUGGCACAAAGAGAAAGAACACUGGCACGUGUACGAUCGAGAAGAAAAUGAACGGCCGAAUUUGAAGUUUCUCAAUCGCGUUCGAAUUCGAUCAACGAUUGUUGCGCACGCGAACACAAGCGACAUCUUGCGGAGAUGAUCAUCGAUCACAGUGGCGACCUCACCGUACAACUUGAGCGGAGUGUUUGUUGAAACUUUGCGUGGUUCUUCGGGUUCUCUUGUAAAUACGUGGGGGUGUGCCAGGAUUUUCUUUCUAAAUAAGUUAAAACGAAUUACUUCGGAAACGAUAUGGAACGUAACGAGGAAGAUUGGUCCGUGGAAUGUUCGGACGACGAGAAAUACGAGAUAGAUGGGAAAAACGAAUGGACCUUGAAAUCCGACGAUAUAUUAACACUGAUCGAGGCUCUCGAAGCUAACAAUAGGGUUCUGGAGCUCGAAUGGAAGUGUCCUGGUAGAAGGGGUCCAUCUCCUGUCCUUUCGAACAAUCGAAAGCAAGACAACGGCUCGCAAGAAUACAAGAUCGAAGAGAAGUCUGAUUUCGAUUUCAUGGACGAAAUGUCGUCGCCUAGAUUACCGGUUCGCAGAAUAGGCGAAAGCACUCCAAAGGGAAGCGCGAAAAAGAAAACUGCAAGCUUUAACGGAGUGCUGUCCACCAUGCUACGACAUCGUAGACUAGAACAGCAAGAAAUUAAUUCGAGUCCGAAAAAGACAGAAUCGGCCGUAUCGAAAACGCAGCCAACCUAACCGUAAUCAGUUUUCUCGGUCGUGUUACAGCGAAAAAUGUGUCGUACCUGUUGUGUAACGAGUACAAGACGAAACGAUUAGGCGAAUUUUUGUCGCGUACAAGUCUUGCGGGAAGAGAAAACGCGACAGCGAACAAAGAGGCGAGUUUGUCUAAUAAGCAAAAAGUUGCCAUUUAAUUGC